AUGUUAGAAAAAAAGUUUGCUGACAUUGACAAGAAAUUUGAGAAUGUUUUAAAUAAGAACAAGGUGAAGUUAGAAAAUGCUCAGAUAAAGCCUAUACAUGACAAGUUCUUAUUUGCUCAGAAUGGUAUAACAGGUCUAAUUGCACCACCUGGGUCGGGUAAGACUUUCACUUAUCUUAAAAUGGCUGCACAACAACAAGAACUAGAUGAGAAGAACCCAUUCUAUGAGUUAGUUGUUAUUUGUAGUACUUCUGGUCAAUUUGACCAAACCGUCAAUUCGUUCAAAGAUAUUAUAAAGAAGUCUAAGUUAGUAUGUAUAAAGGAUACUGAGUUGUUAGAUUGGAUAAAGAAGUACCAAAGAAGAGUUUUGAAGUAUAAUGCUAUAAAUGAGUAUAUAAAUUCUAAGUUUAAAGACCCAAAUGAGGAAAUGCAGAGAAUAUUAGAGAAGAAACACUUCAGAAACAAACAGAAAGAGAUAGAAUACAUUUCGAAGAAAUUGCAAUCUUACGAUUGGAAGACUUACCCUCAUAGAUGUCUUCUUAUCUUAGAUGACUUUGCUUCUCAUCCUUUGUUAAAGAACAGAGAACAAGAUAUGUGUCGAAUUCUUAA